AUGGAGCUGUACCUCAGCUCCUGCUCCAAGGCGGCCAAGGCCGCCUCCACCAAGACGGCCGCCAGCAGCCUGGCUGAGGAGAAAAUGCUUACACGGCCAGUGAACAGACUACAGGAUAGCCACCAGCUGCCUGGACACCCGGAAGUCACCCAGUUCCAAAACUGGUUGCUAAUGGACCACAUCCCAUCGUUUAAGGACCAGGAGCGGCUCAUCCGGCACAGGUACCUGGACAUGAUCAACCGGGAGCUGGAGUACCGGGAGCGCAGGGCGGAGGAGCAGCGCCGGCUCUGGAUGGACCGCGAGGAGCGGCGGCACUGGGACCACAUGCGCAGGAAACUGGGGCUUCGCAGGAAGAUCGAGGAGGAAUGGAAGGCCAAGGAGAUGCUGCUGCUCACGAGGAUCGUAGAGGACGUGAAGCGAGAAGCGCGGAUAGAGGAGCAGCGGCGGCGGAACCGGGAGGAGAGCGACAGGAAGAAACAAGCUCUUUUAGAGAAGAAAAUGGCUUAUCAUUUACAAAAAAUGCAACAGAAUGGACUCAAGAGAGAAGACACGGGGAAAAACACGUCGGAUUAUCGAGGACAGGAGGGGCCGCGCCCUGAAUCUUAUACUCCAACGAAGAAAAAGAAGCCUUCUGAUGAUAUAAAGACGAUUUACACUGUUGGCGACCAAAAACCAAAUAAAGGAGCCUAUGUUUUAGAACAGACAACAGGCGUUCAUCAAUCUCCAAGUACGUCCAAGAAUGUUACCAGAAAUUCAUCAACUCCAGCUAUGUUUCAACCGAAUACACGCGAUAAUAGUACUGAACAAAAGAAAGAUGGAAUAAUAACUAGAAAAUCAAGUAUUACCAAUGGCAAAGGUGCCGCGUACCCCUCAGCUCCAGACACUCUUCUUUCCGCUCAAAAUUCACCCACAAGAAAUUUCCACAGAUCUUCACAGACGUAUUUGGGGCCUCCAAGAGUUGAGGAAUACAACAUUUCUUUCGCCCCAAAUGCAAACUUAAUUGAUGAGAAGGACGUAAACACUGCUGCUUGGAAUAAAAGACAAAGCAAGAGAUCGAGCUAUGGCUACGACACAGGACCACAGGCUCCUGACCCAGACCAAAACACUUUCCCCCCGCGUUUUUUCACAAAUAUACAACCGAAUAACCUACAGAAAAAAGUGACUUCUGACGAGCUGAACGGUAUUCUUCAGAAUAUCAUGGCCUGGGUGGUGGCCACGGUGACCAGCAUCCUGUACCCGGCCAUCACCAGGUACGAGGAGCGGCUGCGGAGCCAGGCGUACCCCGGGGACGCGGAGUCCGCCCUGUCCUCGGACAGCUCCAGCUUCUGCAGCACCUGCAGCGAGGGCUUCACCUGCGGCAGCUACACGACGGCCACCACCAGGCCCUUCCCCGGGGCGCCCCGCGCCUUCACCGUGGACAUCGCGCUCAGGCGCCCGCCCACGCCCCUGAAGCCGCCUUCUGCCCACGUGGAGAGGACGGUGGUCGAGAAGACCUACAGCGCCGACGGCCCGCCCCUGACCACAUCCCUCACCUAUAAAACAGCCACGGGGGUCUAUGCGCACCCCAAGCUCAGAAGCUGUAAGUCGGACAGUUACCUUCUGGCCUCGUUCGAGGGAGGCGCCCAGAAAUCCAAGGAUGCCACCACGGAGACGGAGAAGGACGGCCUGGAGGGCCCGCAGCUUCCGAAGCGAAAGGCCAAAGCUGAAAUCAAGAACUUGGAGAAGAUUUUUGUGAACUUUAAAUGCCACCUCCAAGGGGAAACGGAGCUGAUUUUAGAGAGCAUCUUCCAGGAAAUCAUGUCCGACCUGACGCAGGCCAUUCCCGCCAUCUCUUCGGUCACCGCGGAGGUUUUCGUUGACCCCAGUGAGCCCGAACUGGGAGACUUUCCCUCCAACGUGGACAUCAGCUCCGUGGCCUCCGACAUCGUGGAGAACAUGCUCGAGAAGCUGCAGUCCGCCGUGGAGAGGAAAUGCGUGGAGAUGUUUGCGCAGGAAGACUGGCCGGUUGACAUGGCCCCCAGCUUCCUGCCCAUCGGGGAACGCCUCCUGCCGCCGAGCGGGGGACCGCCGACCGCCCCCCUGGCCCGCCCCGGGGAGCCCAUGUGCGACGUGGCCGAGGACAUGGUGCAGACCAUCCUGGCGAAGCUCAUGGCUCUGGCGGCUGGCAAGCAGGACGAGCUUCCCCAGCUGGCCGCCGCGGCGAAGCCCCCCUACCCGCCGCGCACCCCCGGCCCCGCGGGCACGUCCCUUCAGAGAGCCGACGCCAAGAAAGCGGGCCCCGAGCCCGAGGCGGCCAACUUCCUGGUUAAAGAAGAGGUACAGAGCUUGAUCUCCAGCAUCUUUGCCCAGUCCUCGCUGGUGGGCUACAUAGAGGAAGCCAUCAGCACCAUCCUCGGCUACGUCCAGACCGAACUGAACAACGAGCGGCUGGUGGCGUCCGAGGAGACGGUGGUCUUUCUGCGGCUGCUGGACGACAUCUUCACGCAGCUGCACCAGGAGCCGGUCAAGGCCGAGGCGCCGAGGGGCAGACGCCCCAGACCCAGACCCCCUUCUGGCGCCCACGAGAGGUACCGGCUGGCCGGCACCACGAUCGCCAGCGGUCCCCGGCCCAGGAAGCCGCUGCCGCCCAUCAACGUGCCCGGCAUGGUCCUGUACUCCGAUGACGACAGCGAGGAGAUAGACAGGAUCGUGGAGAGCGCGCUGGACUCCUCUCUGAAGAGUGAAAAGGGGAAAUCGCAAGAAUGGGGUCCCGAGUGCUGGUUUACAGGGAGAGACCCUCGUUUUGACAGAAACAGCAAACGGCCCCCAAGGCCCGCGUCUCUCAGAAGCAAAGUUGUAUUUUACGAGGGAUCGAAGACCGAGGCUCCGGGUGCUCACCAGAAAGAAGUUUUAAAGGGAAAAGCCUGCUCCUCGAAAGACACGCUGACGUUCAGCCAAGACCAAAAGCACCAAAUACAAGAGGCGUCGGCGAACGUGAUCAAAGGCGUCCUGAUGGAGAUGCUCAAGGACCUGUCCUCGCCUCCGGGCCCCCCGGGCGGGAGAGCCGGCAAGGCCGCCGCCGCCCUCUUCUCGGGAAAGCCGCGAGGGCUGUCGGUGCAGGAGCAGCUGGACCAGCUGUUCUCCGCGUCGGAAGUUAACACGGUGGCGCAGGAAAUAACAGAGGCCGUGAUCAACAUCCUCCACGCGGCCCUGAGCCGCAUCCCCGGCACCCCCCAAAGUGCCAUCCCGUCCGCGGGGCGCCAGACCCCGCUGGACCGUUCUCACACGCCCGACGUGGCCAAAGAGGCGCCACAUAAAAAACCGCUGAAAAUAUGGUUUGACAGUGAGAAGAAAAUGAAGUACUUGUCUUCACUCGACUUGGGCCCGGAAACGCCUUCCCGGUUGGGGUCCGAGGCCAGGGAGCCCCAGGCCGUGGACGACGUCUCGGGCGACAUCGUGGACACGGUGUUCAAGAAGCUGAAGGCACUCGUGUACCCAAAACUGCACGUGAGCGCCACGCCGCCCUGCGCGGAGCCGUCCUCGCUGCACCGCCAGCUGAGCGCCUACACGGCCAAGGUGGUGGGCAUCGUCCUGCAAGCGAUCCAGAAGGAGCUGGAGCUCGGUCAGGAGAACCAGAGCCCGCCGGAAGCCGCCGACGGCAAGCCCCUCCGAGGCAGAGGGCGCUCGGCUGACACUGGGGACGCGGACUCGCUCGUCUCGGAUCUCCGCAAAGACAUCGUGGCCUCCCCGUUGCUAACUUGCAUUUGCGAGAUGCUGUCAAGCGCACAUUCCGACCGGAGCAGCGUCUCCCUCCCUCCCGAGGAGCCAAGGCCUUCGGUGUCCUGCGGGCCUGACGGUCUCGGCAAACCGCCCACGCUUCCAAGUCGGCAGGAGAAACAAUCUUUUUACCAAUACUUAGCGACCCCGUGUGCUAUCCACAGCGACCCCAAUGGACAAGACCGCAAAGACAAAGGCAAAUUGCAAGUGCUGGACAGCAUUGGGGAAACCCUGUACGAGAUGCUGUGCAAGCUCCUAGGCGCCCACCCGGAGGGCCCGCCGCCCUGCGCUCAGCCGCCCCGAGAGAAGACGAGUGAGAGCCAGGGAACGGCCUUGAAGCUGUCGCCUAACCUCCAGCUCAUCUCCCAGACCAUCCUGGACAGCAUCCUGGCGAAGCUGUGCAGGAUGGAUGCCGACGCCAGCUGCGCGGGUUCCGGGAUGACAGCGGCCUCCGAGUGCCUGGAUAUCGAUAACCUGUCGUUCAAGUCGAUCAUUGAGGAAAUGGCCAAGUGCACCGACAUCAUCUCCAGCAUCGUGUCCAGGAUGCUGCGGGACAGUAACAGGGAGGAGGCGGACGGGGAAGCCAAAACGGUUGCUCCCGGGCCUUGCAAAACAGGGAGCACGAAAGAAACGCCUCCCAACAGACUGACAGCCAUGGCCGCCGACAUCCUCAACAUGGUGUUUGCGAAGCUGGAAGGGUUUGCCAGUGGGAACCUAGGAGCCCUGGACCCCGUCCGCGAGGGACGCAAGACCAGCGCCAAGGUGGAGCUGCCGGGCGACGGCGCCAGCGAGGCCGGGGACGCCUGCGAGGAGCUGCUGCGCUCGGCGCUGUACGCGCACGCCAAGAAGGCGUCCGGCACCAUCCUGAAGGCCAUCCAAACGGAGCUGGGCGGGAGCCCCGGGGACCUGCGGGCCAGCGCCAAGAGCCCGUCCCCGGAGAGACAGCUUCUGAAGGACGUGAUCAACCUGAUCUUAGACGUCGUGUCCUCAGACGUGUUCGAUGACGCCGAAUCCGAAGAGAGAGCCAUGGAGUCCUGUGGGUACCGGCCGACCUACGGGAACUUCCUUCCCGGAGGGGCCGAGCCGGACCCGUGCCUAGAAGACGCUGGGCCUGCAGAGAAGGAAUUCGGGGCCGAGGGAACACUCCCGAGGGAAGAAACGCAACCGGGUUCUCUGAAGCAGUGGGUUCUGGUAAGGACCCUAAACAGAAUUGAAGGGAAACUGAAGGAGCCCCAGAAAUCUCCCAUCGUGCCCAUUAUCAGGAACAUUUUGAACGAGAUUUUCCAAGGGGCUCUGGUCAACCAACUAAACGUGCUUUCUCUCCCCUGCCCUCCGCGGAGGGGCGCCCCGCAUGAUGUGGAUGGCGAGCCGCUGGCUCCGACGUCGGUCCCGUUCAUAGACCAAAGGACGGGCCCUUUGGUGUCGGAGGCCGAUGUCACCGUAGUGGUGGGCGAUGUCGUCACGACCGUGCUGCAUAAGCUUUACGCAGCAGCCAUGACGCAGAGGAACGCGAGUGAGAACAGGUACAAAACCAUCACCUUCUCGGCGAACGUUUCUUUCCACGUCCCCGCCUGCGCGGAACCGUCCUCGGUCGCUGUGCUGGAUGGGGAUCCGUGUCCUGUCCCACCCCGACUCAAGGCCAAAGGAAACGUGGCUGAAGAUAUCAUCCAGGAGAUACUAACAAACCUGGAAACCUUCGCUACUUACAAAGUAAAAUCUCUCUUUUGUCCCCAAAUCAAGUUCACAGUCCCCGUGCCUUUCCCUGUGCCGCAAGACAAGAGCAUUUUGAGCAAAGCGCUGUCCGCCAAAGGCCUGUGUCCGGAUGACGGGUUUCCCCCCUGCUCCGUGGAUCAUGUUCUGGAAAAGACCAGCUCGUGCCAACUUUCUUUAAAUAAACUAAACUCGCACGCAACGGAAGUGGCCAGGAAGAUUUUACAAGGCAUCAAACACGAGUUAGAUAAAGAAAGGGAAAGCCCUUUCUUAACGCACAACAUCGUGGUUUCUGAGGGGAUCGCGAGUCAGAUCGUGAACACGGUGUUAGAGAUCGUCUCGUCCAGAGGCAAGUUUGACAAACGCGACUCUGAGGAAGAGCUUCCCUCGGGCCUGCAGGGAGGCGUCGUCGAGAGGCUGUUCAACAGGACUGAGUACCGCAGAGAGCUGCAGUUCCAAAUACAAGGUGUCAUGGAAGGUAUCCUCUGCGACAUCUGUGAAAAGACGCUGCACCAAAACAACCUGGCCUUCGCCGCGCCCGUGCCGCGGGGCCUCCGAGCUGGGCGCCGUCCAGCCGCCGGCAUCGAGCUGUCCAUUGAGGGCGCCAGCGAGAUUGUCCCACAACUUUGCGUCCCCAAGUCGGACGUCAUGCUGAUCUCCAACGACAUCGUGGACCUCGUCCUUCACAACCUCAGCUCAGCCGUCAUGCUCGGCGCAAGAGCAGAGCACGCUCCUCCUCCGGCGAGACUGCCCCUUCCCUUCUGUGAUGUUUUCCCACAAGUAGAAUGCCACCUGCCUCCGCUCAUGGGCUCCCAGAGUGACAGAAGCACAGAGAGCGGGAGGCCCGCGUAUGCCCUCGCGAGUCAGAUAGCUGUGGUAGAGCGGGGCGACCCCACGAAGCCCGCCCCUGACCUCUGUGAGAAAAAUGCUCACUCCAUCACCACAACUAUUGUCAACCAGCUGGAAUCCUUUGCCACCAGAAGAAUAGACUCGUUAAUUACUCUUGCGCUCCAGCCCAAAGAAGACUCCUUUGUCAGCCCGGGCCUGGGGCCCUCUGAGCCAGAGGACAGCCUUUUCCGUGACCCAAGCCGAAGGGCGUCCGCCGUGAACGUCCUGAAAUUACCAACGGACACGGUUCUCAGCCACGAACUUGCAAAUCCCGCGUUUGCGAGGUACAGACAAGCACGGGGACCCACCCUCCACCUCUCCCAAGCUAGUCUGAAGGAAUACGCCGACGUCAUCGCCAGUGUCAUUCUGAAGCUUAUUAAGAAUGACUUGGACCUAGAAAUCCAAAGGGCGUAUCUAUAUCCAAACAAUAUUUCAUUCCAGGAGAACAUCAUGGUGAGUGAGAUUGUCGACAACACCUUGCGGAUUUUAAACGCUAAGAGAUCUGUGAGGGAAAUUCAGUUCUACGCAAAAGACCGUCCUGGCGCGUUCGCACCGCUCGCUGUACCACAGGAAGUGCUGUUGGGACAAAGAGAGCUGGACAGAAGCGCCACAUCACCUCUGUUUUCACAGUACCCAUUCGAACAAAGCCAGAGGCGAGUGGAAAAGGAAAGCCAGAGGGCUGUUUUGGAAGAAAUAUUCAUGAGACGUGGGGAAUCCAAACAGAGAGAAAAAGCCGCCUUGCUCACUCCGGUGAAAGAAGUUUUAAAGAAAGUGUACCAACAAGUCGUGAAAAUCAAAGGCCACUUGCCUCCGUUCAACGAAACCCCCUACGCGGUGUCUAAUUCUAAAACGAAAACGUCAGACAUCACACACAAAAACGCUGUCCAGUCACAUAUUGCCAGCGCAGCCAGUGACAUAGUCGAGAGUGUCUUGGGGGAAAUGUACGCGGUGGUGGUGACCUCCUUACACGGAAGUCGCCCAAAGGAAGCCUUCGAAGACGACGGCGUCCUUCCUAAGCCACCGUCCUGCGCGGGAGAAGCUAGGCAAGCAGGGAGAGGAGGUAAUUCCACUGGGUACCUGAUGCCACAGGCCUACCCUUCCCCGGGCGACCAAAACACGGCCCUGCUCGAAAGCAGUUCCCAGGAGCCCUCGCCGCUGCGAGUGGGGAAGGAGUUAGUCCAAAUGGUUCUCGAUAAGAUCACACAUUUCGCCUCCAGCCUUAGAGUGAACCCGAAGGGCAGCCUCCAGCCAACUUUUAAAACAAGUUUAAAAGCAAAAUCGAAAGUGACUUCUCUGCCUAAUUUGAAGACAAAACCGCCCCUGGGCCCGGCUGGUGCUAAGGCCAAGGGCAAGACCAAAGGGGGGCCUGCGGAGAGGCCUCCGAAGGGCAGCCAGUCCAAGACCUGCCUGGGGCUGCCGCACGCGCUCACCGCCGGGGACGCCAAGGGCGCGCGGGGCGCCAGGCUGCCCGCCGCAGACCUGAGAGCGCACGCCACGCGCGUGACCAGUGCGAUCCUGGAGACGACCGUGAACGAGUUUGAAAAGGCGAAGCAAACGAGAGCCCUGGUCAGCGUGAAGGCGUUGCCAUUGGACCAAAUCCUGGCGGCAAACAGACUCGUCUGCGCCGUUCUGCAAGGGGUGUACGCGCCAGGCACCCACAGCCCGGCCCCUCCGAGCGCAUUCUCGGCUCCGGCUCCGGCGGACCUCAAGCCUUCCCCGGGGCACACGCGCGUGGGGGGCUUCGCUGAGACACAGGCCUGCUUUUACUUGGAAAACGUCUCUUCCCAGCUCGAGCAGAUCUUCCCUAAAGACGGAAUAUUUAAGAAAAUGUUUGACAAAUGGCAGGCAGAAGCAAAUGACAUGGAAAGUGAAAAAUGUAACUUACUGGUAGUGGCUGAAAAUGUGUUGACUGUCAUUGCAAUGAAAUCGAAGGAAUUAGAAUAUUCUCUUUCCCUUUUAAAUCUGACGCACCCUGAGGACUGGGAAAGCGGGAUCCAUGGCCGCUUUAAAGGAGCGUCUGCGCGAGCGGAGGCCACCAAGGCACAAAUUAAUAUGUUCGCGAGGGAAAUUGUUGAAAUGCUGCUUGAAAAACUACAGCUGUGCUUUCUGUCCCAGAUGCCCGCCCCGGACAGUAAGGACGCUCUAGCAAGUCGGAAAGAACACACGGCUCAGAGCAAGCACGGCUUUCCGGCCAAGGACGUCCUCGGCGGCGUGCCAGCCUACUGCGUGGACCCCAAGGACCAAGCGUGUCUGGGCUCUGCCAAGCAGAUGGUCCUGGACAUGGUGGAGAGGGUGCUAGGCAUGCUGGAGUCCUUUGUAGACUUGCAGUUUAAACAUACCUGCAAAUACGAAUUUUCCGAAAUGGUGAAAAUGCCUGUGGAAAACCUGUUUCCGGCCCAGCAGAGACUGUUAAGCAAAAAGAUGCUGCCCAAACCGCAAUCACUGAAAAAGUUGGCUGAUGAUUCCAGGUCAAGUUCUAUUAUUUCCAGGGAAAACGCACAGAAUGUUUUCCUACAGGUUCACGCGUUCCACUCAGAAUUGCUCACGUGCGCUGUCACCAUCACCAGCGACAUGCUGGGUGUCAUCAAGAGCAAGCUGGACGAGGAAAUAAGCCAGGCAGAGCCACCGGGCAGCGGGCUGCACGAGAACGUGGCUGCGAGUGAGAUCAUCGGUGCCCUGAUGGACCAGUGUACGCACGUCAGUGAGUCUCUCAUCAAAAACCUCCCGAGUCUGUUCCCAGGAGUGGAAAACACCUAUAUCGUUAAUCAUCUUGCAUUGGCAACUGAUAUGAAAAUUCCCAAGUCAAAGGAAGUUCAUUUUGGGAACGGGCCGCCACAGGUUAGCGUUCCCGGUUUGGUGUUUCAUCCUGAAGACGACACGAAGAAGAGGUACAGGGCUCCAAACAACGUCCCUCCAUAUGCCAGAGCCCCUGGAGAAGGCCCGGGCAGGAGCUCGGAGCCCAUGGAAAGGCCUGACUCGGCAAAUGCGCCAACAUCCUCUAGAAACCAGGUCCCAGACUAUGGCCCCCGGGAAUGGUCAUCUGAUGGAGCCAUGCCAGGAACCAGCUCCCUCCCUGAAGGCAAUAUCUUACAAAAGCUGUCUAAGAGGGUGACUGAGUCCACAGAAGAAGCAUUAAAGCAAGGCCUGUCCUUCAUAGAAAUGCAAAAAGCUAAAAACCCAAAAGUGUUUCAUUAUGGGACCCCAAAACCAGUUGGUGGGCCUGACCAAACUCAGACAACCGUUUCUCCACUCAAGAUAUGUUUAGCGGCAGAAAAUAUUGUCAACACUGUGUUGUCCAGCUAUGGUUUUCCUAGUCAACCACCCAUGAGUGAACGCACGGAGACAAUUAAACCAUUUUUCAUAUCCGCGCCAAGCCCUGGAGGACACAGGGGCGAGAAGAAGAGUGUGCUUACCAUGUGGGGUGACAGGACCAGCUGCACCCCCAAAGGAGGAAGCAGAAACCCGGAAGCCAGCAGGGGAGACUUUUCUUUAUUGCAAAAAUGGGAAAAUAAGAGCGACCCAAAGGUCAAGACUAUGAAGGAAUUUGAAGUCAUUGCUUUUGCUGACCAUGAACUGGGUCCAAAUGAAAUUAAUCUGGUAGCAAGACAUGUAACCACAUGUGUGGUCACGUAUUUCCAGAACUUCAAAACUAGAGUGCCCAGUGAGAUGAUGUCGAUUGUUUCUGUGCUGUCAAAGAAAACGUACGAGUCAGAACAGCGUCUAAGAAGCAUAUACAAUGAUUCUUCGCUUUACCAACUUUGCGAACAUCUCACCGAGUCUGUCAUUUGCCAUUUAAUUUCGAGCAUUUCUGAUGGCAUCCAAGGUGGCAGAGAAAGGGAGAAGGCAUGGGAAAGCCAAAAUUCAGGAUGUAACAAGAUUAUUUCCAUUGAUUCUCAAGUAUUUGAGAACAGGUCGAUUUCUAUUGAAGAACUUGCUUUAAAUAUUUCUGAAAUCAUUACUAAAAUCCUUUUCAACAGUAACAUUAUAGAGCCUGACAUUGCACAGCAAAUGUUUUCUUCAAAAGCAAAGUACAUUUAUUGCCCAGGAGUCACUGCCACUGACUUUGACCAUCUCUUCCAGGAUCUCUUAAUAGGAGUGAUUCACGUCCUGUCCAAAGUGAUAGGAGUAACUCAUCACCUUGAAAGCAACGGAAGAAGUAAACCAGUGUCCAUGCUCAGAAGCAAUAGUGUGUCCAUGUGCAACAAAACAAGCACCAUGAAAAGACAGAUAAGCUGCAGAAAUUGGGAAUCAUCUACUCACCAAAAUGAACAUCUCAUUCAAAAAGAUAAAUUGAAUUACCUGGCAUACAAGUUAGACAGUAUCGUCAGUAGUCUGAAAACUCGUGAAUCCAAAGAAGUCGUCAAUAAGGUCUUCAAUAUUGUUUUAGAUUUAUUUUUACCAGAUGAACGCCGAGGUGAGCCCAUGGAUUCUUACGAAAAAGCCAGGAAAUCUUUAUCAUCCUCGAGUAGUAACGUAGGGCUCACCCCCAAAUCCAUUUUCCUUCUCAACGUCGUGUGUGAGAAACUUAUCAGAACGCUUUUGGAAAAAUGCACCAACACUGUAUUUCUUGAUCAUGACCCUCCUUCUGAUGGAAUAUCUGCCGAAGAAUGUCAACUUUUAAAAAUGCUUCAAGGUGUAGAAGACGAGGACUUUGGUGACGGUAAGGGGGCAAUGGGCUGUGAACAGUUCCAAGGAGAUUAUACGUCAGAUCUUUUGGAAAAUCUGGCAGAAAUGGAUCCAGAUGUAUUGUCAUCAGACUCCAUGCUCACCCUCAUUUCCCACAGCUUGGUUAAGUCCCUGAUGGACAAACUCUGUCCAAAUAUUCAGCUCCCUCACAGCCCACCCGGUGCAAGCAAGCAUUUAAAGGGCAGAACACAGGAAAGACAGUUGGGUUUUAUAAAAGCAAAAAGGCCAGGAUUAGCAGGAUUCGGACAAGGUAAAGGUUCUGCCAGCUUCACCAGUUGUGACGGUCAUGCUCCGACCGGAUCCCUAAAUCUCUCCAGCGUGGUCCGCUCCAAAACACAAUCACCGUUUGGCAGGAAGUGCUCAGUAAGUGCCUCUUCUGUGUCACCCCGUAGAAGGCAGGAAACAGCCAUCCAUAACAAGCUACAUCAGGGGAGCAGGAGUACAGGUGUUUAUUCGGCCACAUUUUUGGAGGAAAUCAUUUCAGAACUGUUCUUCAAUCUCUCCACUUCCCUGUGGGGCAAAAAUGAAGGCAUCACCGAGGCCCGGCUCAAUGAGAUGAACACACUGCUUGUCAACAACGUGGUGAGGGAGUUUAACCGCGCGCAGGUCACCGUUCUGCGGUACGUGGAGGAGAGGCUGUGCUUCCCGCCGGUCCAAAAGGCACUGGUGCGUAGGGUUGUUGACUCGGUUUACCCUGAUGUUCUCCAGAAAUAUCAAUUGAAAGUGACCUGCGGUGUGAAUCUGGCACGUGACAACACCUCACUAGCAGGACAAAUAACCAAUGGCAUCCUGUUAGAGAUCUUAGACUACCAACUCCCACCUUGCUUCCGGGAAAAGCUCAGCCCUAACUCCUCCUGCCCUCUCGAGGCGGAAAUCAUCCUGCAGAAGCUACAAGGGUCCCUGAGAGAAUUUGCUUCCAGAUCCAGCUCUUCGGGAGGCUACAGCACCAGGGUGCCGCACUCCUUUUUGGAGGAUAUCAUCAGGAGGCUUCUAGCUCAGCUCACUGCUCCGCCCAGUAAGGCUUCCUCUCUGGGAAGAAAAGAGUUCAUGAGUUCAGAUUUUAGUGAAAUGUCUAACUGUAUCAUAAAUAAGGUCCUAUCAGCCAUUUCCAAACACAAAAUUUGGUUCACUAUUUGUGACAACCCAGAGCUAUGCGCAGGGAAAAACACCCAGAAGAUGGUGGAUUCUGUGUAUCAUAACCUUAUGCAAAUGUCUGACUCCCUUGUCGCAAUCCAGAACAGUCUAAUGAGCCGAAGCCCAGGUAUGGUGGACCGAAUAGCCAGUUUUAUUAUCCAAGAGAUUAUUGAGAACCAUCUUCAGCCAUUUCUGUGUGAGGAAGGCUUGCCCCGUCCAAAUACCCCACUGGACGCAAUAUCGAACAUGGUGAAACGGGUCCUCCGUGAGGUCACGGAGUCACACAGACCCACGAGGCCCUCGCCCUCGGGCGCUUACCCUGACACGUUCAUAGGGGAAAUCGUGGCCAGACUUUUAUCAAAGAUUUUCAGCUCCAAGCAGAACACUGACACUGAGCUGGAAAACAUGACACAAAAAAUAGUGACCUCGAUAAGCACCCACUUGGACAAAGCCACAACUCACAUGCUCUGUGGCGGCAAGGAGGGCGCCGGCCCCUCUGUGGGCACAGACAUCGUGGAUGAGCUCGUCUCCUCCGUCUACAAAAACGUGUUACAGCAGCACGGGCUGGACCCCGAGGUGGACCCCGAGUCUGAAGGCAGCGAGACGUUUGUGGAAAACGUCACCAACUUAACUGUCGCAACCAUUUCCGAUUACCUCCUUCACCCGCUGUUCUCUGGCGACGUGUCCUCUUCCUGUUCUAUUUCCACAGCUCAGAACGUCAUCCAGGACAUCGUCAGCAACAUCAGCAAACCCGCCACGCCGAGCCCGAGCUUAUCUCCGUAUAACACCUUGCUGCCGUACACGUUUUUAGAAGACAUGAUCAGGGUACUAUUAUCUAGGAUCUUUUCUCCUGCAUCCGACUUCGUGCCAAACACAGAAACUCUAAAAGAUAGGCCAAGAGUGAAUUUCAAUGAGAUCGCUUCCAAUAUAAUCAGUGACAUUAGGAUGAAAAUUUCUCAACAUGACAUCCAAUUCUCAAAAGAUGAUGACGAAACCAAGUUUGUUUAUUCAGAAGAUGAUGUCCAGCACCUGGUGGACUCCGUCUUUGAAAAUAUUUUACAAAACUCCGAAUCUCAGGAGUCGGUUGAACAAAAUAUCAAAGGCAGCAACGAUGCUCUCGUCGACAGAAUAGCAGGUUUCAUCAUCAAACAUAUUUGUCAACAGCACCUGCAGCCGUUUGUGGACAGGAAGGCACUGCCUUCCCCCGCAGACAUACCCCCCGACGGCGAGCGCAGGCCAUGGCCUCCUGCCAACGUCUACUCGGCAGCGUUUCUGGAAGAGGUGAUCUUUGGGGUUUUAAGGAAAAUAUUCCACAGGGUGUUGGGCAUUGUGCAAACAAAACCAGCAAAGGACUCGGAAGACGAGCUUUUGGACAAAGCUGGGAAGCUCAUACAUCUGAUAGCGGAAGAGUUCUCAAGAGCCCAGGUGCGCCUCCUGGAGGACGCCGAGGAGCAGUGCUGCUUGCCUCCGGUGGAGAGCGACGUCCUCCAAAGCAUCGUGGACAUGGUGUUCAGCAAAGUGUUGCAAGAAUAUGAAAUGGACAUCCUGCCCGAUUACGAUUUUCUAAAUGACACAAAGACCCUGGCAGCCAGGGUGACGAAAAGCAUCCUGGCCCACACGUUUGAUUUCCAAAUUCACCCAAAGCUGGUAGGAAAGCUCCGUUUUAAGUCGUACACCACACUGAACGUCGGUGUUUUGAUAAAGAAAGUCCAGUGUUACAUCACUAAAUCACGGUUCCAAAGACAGGCGUCGACGAUCUACACCACCAUGCUAUCGCACACCCACCUGGAAAAGGUCGUCACCCAGCUGGUCUCGCAGGUGGGCCCGCUGGCCUCCAGCGCAGAAGGCGGGGGCACUUCCAAGUCGGAGUUAAGUGAUUCCGUCAUAAAACUUAUACACGAAAUUAUGUCAAUCAUUUCCAAACAUGCGAUCUGCAUCGUCAAACAUGGCAGUGGAAAACAGAGCAUGAUGUCCGAGAAAGAAAUCCAGGCCAUGGUGGAUUCCAUCUACGCCGACCUUUCACAUUCAAAGCUCUACCAGUCUCUCACAAAGGAUAAGAAGGGGAUAAGUAAGAUGCCUGUUUCGAAAAUAGCGAGUUUUAUCAUAAAGGAAAUAUUUAACCAUCAUCUCCAGUCAUUUUUACCUGGAGACAAAACACGCCUCUCGGCUGUGGUUGAUCUUGACAAUAAACAGAAAGCAGCCGGCGCUCAGCAAGGAACGUUGGCUCUCGUCGUGAACUCGGCGGCCUUUCUGGAGGAGGUCAUCGCCGAGCUGUUGUGUAAGCUCCUGUACGCGUUCUCACACAACGUCCUGGCGGCUGAGCAGCCAGAUACAGUGAAAGGCAAAAUCACUGACAUCGUUACGACAUUAGUAAAGUCCAUUGUUCUGGAGUUCACCACGUCGGAGAUUGUGGUUUCGAAUUAUUCCGACGACGAUAUGUGUUCUUCGGCAAGAUACAAAGAAAUGGUUCAAAAAACAGCCAACCUGAUUUAUGAAAAGAUAUUAGGUGAAUACAAGUCUCUGAUUCAAGUCUACAAGGUUAUGCAAAGUGACACGACUUCUUUUGGCAGGAAAAUUUAUCAUUUACUCUUGGAAGAAAUUUAUGAUCAGCAGGUGCAAUCGUUAGUGUCAGGAGAAUUGGUGUCUUCUUCCUGUUCUUCCCUUCAAACCGAUAACAUCAUCAGAAACGUGCUGACUGUCAUCACCAAGGACAGCCCCGCCGCCCCGUGCGUGACCGUGCUGCCGCGCGCGCUGUUGGAAAACAUCGUUUUCAAGCUCAUAGGGUGCAUCUUCCCUUCCAGCCACAGGGAGAGCGCGCUCAAAGACGAAGGCGUGGCACCCGAUGAUGAGUUUGUGGCUGCAGCUUCAAAACUGACGGAUGACAUUAUCAAAGAAAUUACGGAACAUGAAAUCCGUCUCGCCAGGGCAGAAGAGAACGCAGAGAGUACCCAACUAGACGUGAUUGAGAACUUGGUUGACUCGAUAUGUAACAAUAUCGUGAAAAAAUCUGAAUUUCAAGCUGAAGUGCAAAGAGACGCAGACAAAAAAGCAGGCUCGUUCCUCAGUAAAGUCGCAGGUUUCAUUAUGAAGGAAAUUAUGGACCAUCAUCUGAGGCCAUUUUUCCAGGGUGAGGGGGCCUCUGCACUCACCAAACCUGGGAAAGAGAAGACUCAGACUUCUCUCUACUCGGCCACAUUUUUGGAAGACGUAGUGGUUGACCUUGUUCGCAAAUUUUAUUCCCUUCUAAGUAUUACUGAAGAUCCUAAGAAAAAAGGGAUGCCAGAGCCAGACCUUGUGGGGUUGGCUGUAAAAUUUGCAAACUCUCUGGUAGGAGAAUUCAGGAAAAGUGAAAUUAAAGUUCUACCGAAUGCUGAAGAAGUCUUUGCUUUCCCACCAGUUGAUAAAGAGACAGUGGAUAAGAUAUCCAGCUUUGUGUACGAUGAGUUCAUAGGGAAGUACGACUCGGAUGACAUUCAGAAGGAUGAUAAAGGUCACAUGCUAAUAGAAACGAUUGCUGGAUUAGCCCAAAAGGCAAUCUCUGCCUUCGAAAUUCAACCCCUGUUUACAGGAGACUGGUCUUCCACCUUCUUUUCAUUUCUAAAUCCAGAUCCCAUCACCCAAAGGGUGCAACACCUACCACAGAAAACCACUGCACCGAGUAGCACAGGCCCCAAAGGAAACCAACUUACUUUUUCAGUGCAAUCCUAUAAAUACACUUCUCCCACCUCAGACCGGAAACAGGUGCCGGGAACUUUGGAACUAGACAGAGGCACAGCAAACAGAAAGAAAAGUCUCCAAAGUGAGGAGACGUCCGUUAAGAAAGGCGAGCUCCAAGACCGGAAAGUCACCUCUCUGACGAAAACAAUGAAAUGUAGCCUGGUCAACCUGCUGUCAGGGUCAGCUGCAGGUGCAGCAACUAAAAAGAAAGAGAAUGAAAAUAAAAUGACAGUUUCAAUUAAAAAUCACACUGAGAAGGUACCAACAGUUACCUCUCCAGCUACCAGUGUGAAAAGUAAAGACAGUCCGAAGUCGGAGCUGAAGGGAGCACAGAAAAAUGAUGAACCGGAGAAGAAAAGCAAAUCGCUGUCAACAGAUGAAGAGAAGCAACAUACGGAGGCGUGCACACAGACUCCAGAAGCUGCCGGUGCGACAGAGCGGAAGGAGGAGAUGGUUGGACCGAAUUUGGACACAAACAAACAAAAGGGUGACCAGACAAGAGGAAGUGUAUUGAAAAAAGAAUACGAGCUUUGUCCGUUGCCUCUGACACCCAAAGUGGCAGACGCAGCGACCACCACGGAAGACAGAGUAACUCCAAAGCCGAGCACUGUGCACAGAAAAGGCAGUCCCCCUCUCGUCGAUGUAAGCAAACGAAGUGCAGACUAUGAACGUGUUCAAAAUAUCACCGAAAAUAUUUAUGACAACAUCUUAGAAACAUACUUUGCUCCAGAAUCGGAAUGUUCACAUUCCCAACAGCCCCCAAGUGAUAAGGUCCGCAAGGAUUUUGCCCAGUCUGUUUCAUUCAAGGACUUGUCCCUCUCGGUUAACAAAGAUCUCCCUGCCCCGGAGAAGGAAGAAGAAAAGGAUAACGAGAGAGCGAGAGAGAAAGAGAAAAAACAAGGGGGAGGAAAAGAGAAAGUGAAAGUGGAGGAGAUUAAAACUGAACCCAGGAAACCAGACGGUGCUCAGUACGCUCCGAAAAGUAAGCCUGGAAUUUUCCCUGCAAAACUUCUAGAGGAUGUGAUCAUCGAGAUGGUUAACAAGUUGGUCCUUUGUGCCUCACCAGAAGCACAGACGGCUGAGAGAGGCCAAAAUGUCAGUGAUGGCCAACAUCAAGCCGACCUCUACGACACAGCCAUGCAGCUCAUUGAUUCGCUGCUACAGGAGCUGUCCAAGGCGCAGAUCAAGGUCUUUAGGCCGGAAAAGGAAAGCCCGCUGACCCCGCCUGGAGGUAAAGGGCCAUCCGUUCCUAAAGGGCCUCCCGAGCAGAAAGAGCCAACGGCAGAUGGAGCCUCACCUCCCACUAAGAAAGCCACGGGAGGGAAAGUGUCACAAAUGCAUAAAGUGGUGAAAAAAAUCCCUCUAGAUAAGAUGUCUUUCCUAGAUAGAAUCCCGGCCAUCGAUAAAUCGUUGGUUAACAAAGUUGUUCACUCUUCUGUGUGCAAUAUUUUGAAGGAACAUAGGUCUCAAGACUCCCUCCGUCGGAAUAUAAAGAGCAACGGGGGAAAUUUAGCAAAAAGACUGACCAGCGCGGUGAUCAACGAAGUUUUUCAACAUCAGCUGAACUUGGAGCCCGGCGAUGAGGUCCCAGCGGCGGCGUGUCUGCCUCUGGAAUCUAAGGAUGUUGUCAAAAAGGUCAAAAAGGCGGUUCAGACGGCCAGUAAAGAGUGUCAGACGUCCUCGCCGUACACCGUCCUGCUGCCUCACGAAUUCUUACAGAACGUGAUUUCUGCUCUCUUACAUAAGAUUUUCUCAAUCGUACCCAAAACCAAAGCAGAAACCUCGGAGGGCGGGUGGAUCACAGAACUGGAUUUCCUCCAGAUGAAGUUGCUGGGCACCGUCAUGGCAGAGAUCUCCAAAGACGAAGACAUGACCAUUCAGUACGUGGAGUCCUUACACCCCAACGACGACGAGGUCAUCCAACUGGUGGCCCUUUCUAUUUAUGAGAACCUCCUGUCCCAGUUCGGAUCGCAGGAGACGAUACGGAGGUGUGUGGCCAGCGGCUGCCGAAUCCUCUCGGAGGCCAUCGUGGAGCUCGUGCUCCGAGAAGUGUCCGGGAACCAGCUGCAGAGCUACUUUUCCGGAGAGCUGACGCCGUGUCAGUGCGCGGAGGUGGACAGCAUCAUUGAGAACAUCCUCAAGGACGUCAUCCGCAACACGGACACGCCCCAGGCUCCGCCCGCGCCUGCCCACAGGCUGCCUUACAACAUCAUAGAAGAAAUCGCCGUCCAGUUCCUAUCCAAGCUUUUAUCUGUGUUUCCCAAGGUGGACAAGAAAAGAAACAAAUCUCUAGAAACUGAAAUGCAAAACAUCAUGUCCAAGAUAUUAACUUCCCUGCAAGACUUUAUCUCGAAAAGUAAGAUCAAACUCAUACCACCAGCCAAGGCCUUGGCUCCUGUGCCGUUAGCUGACAAUGCAACGAUCGAAAAGGUCGUGAACUCUGUCUACACCCGGGUGUUAAAGCACUCUGGCUCCCACACGUCCAUCUUCAAGGACUUGAUGGGGAAGAACAAUGUCCUCUCCGACAUCAUAGGCUUCUUAAUGGUGAAGGAAAUUUCCAAUUCUAAAUUUCAACCGCAAGGAGAGGAAGAAGUAUCGAGCUCAGAACUGGUUCUGGAAGCGGUCAAAAUUAUGGAAAAGGUGGUCAAAAUUGUUGAUGAAUUUAAGUCCCAGGACAAGUCUUCCUCCAAAAAAGGUUCCAUGUUGGAUGUCACGUGUUUAGAGGAAGCAUUGGCCUUGUUCUUGGCCAAGUUAGUCAAGUUGCCAAGUGCCUCCAGCAAAGACGCCAAGAACUUGUCGAAGCCCGAGUUAAAUAAAAUCGCGUCUCAGCUGACCAAAUCUGUGACCGCCGAGAUCUCCAAAAGUAACAUUAGCCUCGUUGCCGCUGACUCUGAAGGGCAGGUUUUACAUCCGAAAAGUGUCGAAAUGAUCUCUCAGGUUAUCGACUCUAUCUACAGCAAUGUGCUGAUCCAGUCCGGCACCUAUAAGGACCUUUACUACGACAUCAAAGGCACCAACAGAGUCUUCCCUAAAAAGGUGGCUGAUUUAAUCAUCCAUGGCGUUUCCAGCGUUUCCUUAGAUACAGACACCGAUUGCUCCAAGAAUCCCAAUGCGGAUCACUUUGGAGAUCUAGAUGUGAACAGAAUUGUUCAGAAGGCGCAAGAACAUGCUGUCAAAAUGAACCCGGACACAAAGAAUGAAGCUCCAGAUCAAAAUACAUCUGGAGAGGAAACGCAAAUUAAAAUUGUUCCCCACAUUGGGAACAAGCCCAUCAAAAUAGAUCCCGGCAUUCUCUCACAACACUUAGCAGUCAUUUCGGUAAAAACUCAACCUCUGGAGAAGCUUCAGAUGGAGUGUUUAAGAAACACCGGACACAGCAUCGCAGAAGUGAGGAGAGCAUCGAUCCAGGGGAGAAGUUACUCCACACCAGACACAUCGAAUGAGGAAAAGAUAAAGAAAGAAAGACGCACCUCGUUGAACAAGACGGGGCGACUGGACAUGAAACCCUUAGAGGCUGUUGGCCGAAAUUCUUUCCAGAACAUAAGAAAGCCUGACAUCACCAAGGUGGAGCUUCUGAAAGAUGUUCGAAGCAAACAAGAUCUUCUCAUCCGAUUAGUAGUUCAUGAUAUUGAAGAUGAGCCGGAAAAUAACAUGGGCGAGGAGCUGACGUCCGACGACUAUGAGUUUGUUCUGAGAGAGGACAUAAGAGAAGAAAGCUGUGAACAGCUAUUUGAGGACAAAGCCAUGGACGCCGACACGGAAAGCAUAGAGGAGACCCGGAAGCCUCCCGGAGGGCCCGCGGGGAGGGACGGGAAGUGGCCUGCCGCCGAGCUGGACCGGUCCACCAGCUCCUCCAUCAUGGCCGUCACCAACUCCUUCUGGGGGAAUGAGCCACAGUGCGAGAAAGAAGAGCCGGAGCCGACCGAGCCGAUCCAUCACCUCAUACACAGGAUCAUGAGCACGUCGUCCUACAACCAGGAGGACCUGGGCUUGCCUGCCAGUGAGACCAAGGACUGCGCCCCGGACACGCCUGCUAAAGUAUCGGAAGAAGCGCCCCGGCCCAGCGUGUCCAAGCAGGGCUCCGGGAUGCUGGCCCGCGUCACGUCGGCGCUGUCCAAGGUGUUCUCCCGCACCAGCACCAGCGCGGCCAAGGCCGCCGCCACGCCGCCCCAGGCUGAGCGCUGACCCUUUCCUACCGAGACCUCUACCCUCACUUCCCGUAGAAAAUAAAAUGAUUUUUGAAGCAUAA